AUGCUUUUUGGAACCCAGCGUAUAAGUGUUGCGAUACCUUCCCACUAUAAACCUUCGGAACCGGUUAAACACCUUCCAUUCUCAGACUUGUGCCGAAUUUGGUUCAACUCUUUCAAACCCAACAGGCUCAAAACUUUACAAGAUGAAUUGGUGGAGUUGGUGUACAGUGCCGAGCACCGCAAGAACCUCAAUGUGACUGUUAGCAACAAGAAAGUGCCCGUGGAUGAUAAGGGGAAUUUUAUCAAUGAAGUGUGCUUUGAGGUGAUUAAUGAUAGCCAAAAGCCCACCAAACAUAUUGUGUUUGUCCACGGAUAUGGGGCUUCUUUAGGAUGUUUUGCCCGAAACUUCCAGCUCAUUGACAAGUUUGUGGACAUGAAUCACAAUUACAAGGUCCAUUUUUUGGAUAAUCUUUCGUUUGGGCUCUCUUCCAAUCCCAAGAUCCAAUCGAGCUCAACUUCUAUAAAUGGCUGGCCAAUCGAAAGAUGCCCUCCCGUGAAAUUAGAUGACCCAGAGCCCACAGACCGCCAGAAACUAUACAACAAGUACUACAAGUUGGUGAAAUCUUUUUCGGUUGAAGAAGACAAAUUCAGAGAGUACCAACAGAAGUUCACUCCAAUCUUGCAAGAAAUCGAAAACUAUUACCUUGAAGGUAUCGACGGAUGGAGACAAAGUUCAGGAAUUGAAAAGAUCGAUUAUCUUGUGGGGCACUCCUACGGAGGUUACUGGUCUGCUUCAUAUGGUGUAAGAUAUCCCAAUCACCUCAGAAACUUGAUUCUAUUGUCUCCAGUUGGGGUAGAAAGGCAUAUUCACUCCAUUAAGCACCCUCUUAAGUUCGAAGAUCCGAACAAGAUACAGCCCACCCUAGACCCGACAGACCACAAUUUUCUUAGUCGGAUCCCGAUUCUUCCACGCAAAACCGUGAGGCAUUGGUAUGAUUUGCAGCCAUAUUUACCCAGACUUUUAAAGUUGAUGGGCCCUUGGGGAGUGGCCAAAUACUACGAAAUGUGGUAUUCAAAGCUAUUCAAAAUCAACAAGCUCAUUACCAAGCUUGGAGGACCUGAGAAAGUGUUCAAAAGUCAAAUUGACUUACAUUAUGGAAGCAAUAGAGAAUGCCAUUUAAUCAUCGAGUAUUUGUACAACUCCAUUACCAAUGGCACCGUUUCAGACAUCUACAUCAAGUAUCUCCUCACCCCUAGUACCGUUAGCAAGCACCCAAUUUUCGACAAGUUUAAUGAGUUUCUCAAGAAUAACCAAUGGGAUGACAAGUUUGAGGUACACUUUCUCUAUGGGCAAUACGACUUCAUGAACUCCGAAGCUGGCUCCAAGCUUGUGGAAUUGGUCAAUAAGCAGACCCAAACACAAACCGCCGAGUUUCAUACUGUUGGAGAAGGAGGUCACAAUCUCUACAUUGAUAAUCCGUUCGAAACCAACAGUCUAAUUCACGAUAUUGUUAAACGGCAGGACUAA